GGUGACUCAUCAGUUAUCCUUCAGUUCACCCAUUCUGAGUGAGGAACGCCACUCGGACUCGAGAAUUUCCUCGGACUUGAUGAGGCGGUUGGCAUCGGCGGCGACUUAAGUGUAGCGCGGAGUGAGUUUUGUGCGUUGGGGACGCUCGUGUGCUUCGGGACUUGUCUUGUUGAGCUUGCGUGAUGGUGCGGUGUUUACGUUUGUGAAUGUUGGGGUAAAGGGUAAAAAACAAACGAGUUUAGCCUGUCAACUUUUAAGAUUAAGUCAUUGCCACGGAGGAUCGAAAGUGUCUCCGCAUUGUUCGUUCGUAGUGAAUGUCCGAACACAAUGACAGUGGCUAUGUCUUCCUCUAAGACGGAAGUGCAGAGCAAGGAUUUUGCAACGCGGGUGAAGGAUGACGUAAUAGAUCACUUCCGGCCCAAGUCUGGGUCACCCGCGGAGUGCAGGGAUACGAACACAUCCGUCAGCAUUAACCCUGUGGUCGUUUCGAACAGCGACGACGAGACUCUGACUUUACGAGCCAAGGAGGAGCAGGAUGGCGAGGCACGCGUCAGGGGCGACCUCCAGCCGACCGACCUCAGCGUCAAGCGAGCCUCAGGGCCAAAAGGUCAUCGGCAGCAUCAAUAACAACCACAUCAGCAUCCCGCCGUCCUUGAGCAUCAAGAGCUCCUUCUCGAUCACAAACCUCCUGAGACCUCUCGCGAAGGACAGGCAUUUGGACGAACCCGAGGACCUGAGCCGAGCGAGGAGGCCGGCGGAGGCGCUGCCGGAGGUGACCAUCACGCCUCAGCCGCGUCUCCUGCCCUCAGGGAUCAGCGAGACGCACCACCAGGACGAGACGAGAGGAUGUUCCUCGCCCCGUUCUCCCGACACCUGCCUGAAGAGCAAGAAGCAGCGGAAGGCGCGGACGGCGUUCACGGACCACCAGCUGCAGACGCUGGAGAAGAGCUUCGAGCGGCAGAAGUACCUGAGCGUGCAGGACCGCAUGGAGCUGGCGGCCAAGCUCAACCUCACCGACACGCAGGUCAAGACGUGGUACCAGAACAGAAGGACAAAAUGGAAGAGGCAGACGGCGGUGGGGCUGGAACUCCUAGCCGAGGGCGGGUACGGGCGUCUCAUGGGCGGGUACUGGCCCUACCCUACCCCUCCCGGACUGCCAUCGACCGCCCACCCCGCCCACCUCUCGGCCGUGGGCGCGUUGUCGUCAAUGGCGGCGCUCUCCUCCUCGAUGGACCUUUAUUACAGACAUGCCCAACUGGCCGCCCUCAGCCGCACAGCAGCCGCGGUCUCGCCCUCCUCAGCCCCUUCGCUCGACGGUACGCCCUCCCUCACCUCAGUGGGCGUGACCCCCGUCAACUCGCCGCCCACGCUAGUAACGCCCAGAGUGAUAUAUCCACCCACGCCCUCGCCAGCGGCCCUCGCCCAUUACUUCAAGCAAUGAUAGCGUGUUCUUGGGCCGGGCGGGGAGGCGGGUUAAAAGAACCUUUUUAAGAUGGAUUAUGAGACACGUCGAUUAUCAUUGCAUCUGUUGUAUACCUCUUGGCACUUUCUCUUUCUCAUUCUCAUCAUCUUCGCAUGUAUAGUAGAUCUGUAGGUGUUUCUUGUAAUUCAAGACGAACGUAAUAUGAUGGAGGCUUCAUUGAUAAUCAUUUCCCCAUUAAAUUAAUUCAGUUAUCUAUACUAUUUAUUUAGUACGGCUCGCUACGCCUGUAGUCUGUAAAUUUAGUAUCAUUUAUGCUACAGUUAAUUUCCUAAUUUCGAAAUGAAAAGAUUCUUUCUGCUAAAUUCAGAGUAUUUUUUUAAAAAAACAAGUAAAAUGUUUGAUCACUAUUCUACUCAUCUUCAAGCAAGAUUAAGAUCGCCAAAAAUGUCAUUGAUUUAGUGUCAAUUUCAACCUUAUUUUCUAUUUUGUUUCCUUUAUCUUCCUUUGUUUUUCUUCUUUUCCAUUCUUUCUUGAUGAGAAACACUGUAAAGUUCAAAGACAUAGUAAUUUAAUUGUAUCUUAAUGAAAGAGAAACGAUAAAUAGUGCGCUUCACCAUUAUAGAGCAUGCGUGAGAUGCCAGUGGCGUUCGCAUAACAAAAUGUGAAUCCGCGGAUCACUGGAUCUACGUAGCCGAC